GUCGCGGGCGCUGGGCAAGGGCCCUGGCUACGGCGGCCACGGCGGCUCUGUGCUGCUGCGCUGCAGCAGCACAGUGGGGUGUCUGUACACUGUGCAGCAGCAAAUUGCUGCAGCAGCAGGAGGCGACGGGCAGCAAACCAGCAGGGGUUUGCAUGCGCCCGACACAAUUGUCAAGCUGCCCCCGGGCACGAUCGUGCGCAAGAGAAUUCUGACGGGGCAGAAAAGCAGCAGCGGCAGAGCUAUCAGGGCCUCUGUAUUCUGGCAGCAGCUGCUGGAGGAGGGCCAGUCUCUGCUGGUAGCUGCUGGCGGCCGUGGGGGAAUAGCACCGCCAAGUUUGAAGCAGCAGAAAAAGAGGAGGGCCCCAGAGGCUGGAGAGAAGGUGCACCUCGAACUGGAACUGCGGCUCGUGAAUGACGUCGGGGUUGUGGGGGAAAGCGCAGCAGGGAAAACUUCCCUUGUCUCUGCCUUGACUGACUACCAGUCUCGAAUAGGCCCCGGGGGUUUCCGCACGCGAAGGCCUUUUGUGGCUUCUUUGCUUUGGGCUUCUGGAGAGAAGGCUUUGCUGCUAGACCCUCCUGCACUUUUCCCAGGAGCCCACAAAGACAAGAGGCUGGGUCUGCGCAUUCUGCGGCACUACUACCGAUCGCGUGUCUUCUUAUAUGUCGUCGAUCCCACGCAGCAGCGGCAGCAGCAAGACCCCCGGUUGCUGCUGCAGCAGCAGCAGCAGAUUGGCUUGCUGCAGUCUCAGCAGCGCCUUCUGCAGCAGCAGCAGCAACUCGAAGACGGCAGCAGCGCCACGCGAAGCAGCACCGCGCCGAGCCCAUCUUUGCAGCAGCAGGACGGCGAGCAGCAACAGCAGCAGCAAGAGCAGCAGCACCAAGAGCAGCAACAGCAGCAGCAGCAGCUAGAGGAGAGCCGGCUCCUUCAGGUGUAUGGAGAAUAUUCUCCAGAUGUUUUCUGUCAAUUUUUGCGGCUGCGAAGAGAAAUAAGAAUUUAUGAUAAACACUUUGACAGGAAAAAGGAGCUCGUGGUGGUAACAAAGUGCGACGCGUUGGAGCAUCAGCCGCUGCUGGCAGCAGAUUCUCUUCAUCACCGCAUGCAGCAUUUCUUCCCCCACAUACCUGUAAUAGCGGCAUCUCCGCGUUUUGGGCUUGGUUGCGCAGCAGUAGCAGCAGAGCUCCACAAGCUGCUGCAGCAGCAGCAGCAGCAGCAGCGGCAGCUCGAGCCAAUAAGAAGGGCAACCGUCAACCUGGAAGGAGACGCCCUUAUUUUAAAACCCUAA